AUGUUUGCUCUCGUGCGCUCCAAGGACCUCCUUCUACAUGGAAUUAGAGGCAUUCGCUCUGUCAGUACCAUAAGUGCUGCAUUGGAUGAAGCGGUGGCUCGUCUACCACAUAAAGAGGCAUUGCGUAGCGUCAAACAGGACGUUCGUUGGAGCUUUAACGAAUUAAAUGCCCGUGUCGAAGAACUGGCGAAUGGAUUCUUGGACUUACAGUUCGAAACAGGUGACGUUGUGGCUCUAUGGCUCCCUAUGAGUGUCGAAAAUGUGGUGACGCAGCUUGCAGUGGCCCGUGCGGGUCUCACACUGGCCGUGAUCGAGCCACAAGUAGCAAAAGCCGAGGAACUCGCGUUUAUCCUGCAGGACAGCAAGGCCAGUGGUCUAGUCUUUGAGCCAAAACAGGCUGGUCGUAAUCAGACGGAGAUUGUGCAAAGUCUAUUCCCGGAACUUGCUACGUUUCGGAACCGGAUGGAGGUUUUUCGUCCCAAGAAUUUUCGUCAUUUGCACAGUGUGAUUACUACGAGCUGGGAACCGACGGAAGGGAUGAUUAAUCUUAGUGGAAUGAUGGUGAAUUGUCCAGAACCAUACGCUAUGAAGGCUGUAGCCAAGACGUUGAGUGACAAGACACCACUUGCUGUCACGUACUCGAAGAUGGAGGGGCAAAAUCCCAAGAAGAGUGAGGUACUUACCCAUGGUGAUGUCUUGAAGCGCGCCGAGACGCUAGCUAAGAGCUUGAAGCUGACUGCCACGGACAAGAUUCUACUCACGGGUGAAAAGACUGGUCUGUCUCUUGGUCCGUUCGCUGCCAUUACCCAGAACUCGCAGAUUGUACUAUCCACGGAGUUUACCAAGGAAGCCGUGCAGCAGGCCAUUGAGGCGGAGCACUGCAGUAUCGUAGGCAGCGGACUUGAGAAUUUCAAGCGCGUGUAA